AUUCAUUCAAAUGUAUAAAAAGUUACAUUUACUGAAUAUUCAUUUGUCAUCCGGGCUGCAGCAACCUUAAAAAGCACCCCACGUCCUAUUCUCGUUACCACUGCAAUUCCCAACUUCAACAGAGAUUGUAAAAGAUGGCUGAUAGCAAAGCAUCUUCUUUACUGAAACCAUUGCCAAUGAAAGGUGGAGAUGGCACAUACAGCUACUCCAAAAACUCCACUUAUCAGAGAGAAGGUCUGAUGGUUACAAAAGAAGCAGUGAACGAGGCAAUAAGCAAGUUACUCGACAUCUCCAACACUUCAAGCACAAUUAGAAUAGCAGAUUUAGGCUGUUCAAUUGGUCCUAACACCUACAUUGCAGUACAAAAUUUAAUAGAAGCAGUGCAGAAAAAGUAUGCACUAAAAGGCUUCUCUACUACUGAAUUCCAAGUAUUCUUCAAUGAUGUUGCCACAAACGAUUUCAAUACACUCUUUGCUUCCCUACCUCCUGAAAACCACUACUUUGCAGCUGGUGUUCCUGGUUCUUUCUACAGCCGGUUAUUCCCCGAAUCCUCCAUUGAUAUUGUGCAUGCCUCUUAUGCACUUUGCUGGCUAUCACAAGUGCCAAUAGAAGUAGAAAACAAGGAAUGGAACAGGGGAAAGAUUUUCUAUUCAACUUCAUCAGAUGAAGUAGCUGAAGCUUAUGCAGCUCAGUUUGCUAAGGAUGUCAAUAACUUCCUCAAUGCCAGAGCUAAAGAGAUUGUUGUUGGAGGGUUAUUGAUACUUGUCACACCAGCUAUUCCUCAAGGAUUUCAUCGUUCCAAGUCCGCGAUUGGUUUUGCUUUUGAUGCCAUUGGCUCUGCUCUCAUGGAUAUGGCUAAUGAUGGAAUAAUCAGUGAAGCUCAAGUGGACUCCUUCAACUUGCCUUAUUACAUCACAACUCCAAAUGAGAUGGUAAAGUUAGUUGAAAGAAAUGACUGCUUCAGCAUUGAGAUAAUGAAGACACCAGAUCCAUUUGUUUCGAAGAAUCAGCCAAUUAAUGCCAAAGAGAAUAGUGAUCAUCUUAGAGCAGCUUUUGAGUGCCUUAUAGCAGAUCAUUUUGGCAGCAGUGUAGUUGAUCAACUGUUUGAAAGAAUUGACCAGAAUGAAGGGCUUUAUUCAAAACUUGAUGCAAGUUACAGUAAAGUUCUGCUACUCCUUGCUCUGAAGCGUAAACCAAGCAAGGGACAAAACUAAAAACAUCUCAAGUCCUAUGUCUGCCUCUACCCUUCUAGAAUUGCUGUUUCCACAAAAACCAAUUGAAACCCCCCGACUUCUGAGGUUUGGUAAAAGUAAAAUUACAGAUGCCGCAGUGAUUUUAAGAAAAUGUCAAUUCAAGAUGAACGUCACUUGUGACUUUUUGACAUCAAACCAAGAUUGUUUUGCUUUUGCAUAAUAUAAGUUGAAUGUGAUUCCCAA